AUGCAAGCAGCAAGGUGUCCCACUGAUGAACUGUCAUUAACCAACUGUGCUGUGGUGAACGAGAAGGAAUUCCAGUCUGGGCAACAUGUUGUUGUGAAGACUUCUCCCAACCACAAGUACAUUUUCACACUGAGAACCCAUCCCUCAGUGGUUCCCGGCAGCAUCGCCUUCAGCUUGCCCCAGAGAAAAUGGGCUGGACUUUCCAUUGGCCAAGAGAUAGAUGUUUCCUUAUACACUUUUGACAAGGCCAAGCAGUGCAUUGGCACAAUGACAAUUGAGAUUGAUUUUCUGCAGAAGAAGAACAUUGACUCCAACCCUUAUGACACAGACAAGAUGGCAGCUGAAUUCAUCCAGCAGUUCAACAGCCAAGCCUUCUCUGUAGGCCAGCAGCUUGUGUUCAGCUUUAAUGAUAAACUUUUUGGCCUCCUGGUGAAGGACAUGGAAGCUAUGGACCCCAGCAUUCUCAAAGGAGAGUCUGGAGCAAGCAAGAAGCAGAAGAUUGAGGUUGGUUUGGUUCUUGGAAACAGUCAAGUUGCCUUUGAAAAAGCUGAGAACUCCUCUCUCAAUCUGAUUGGGAAAUCAAAGACCAAGGAGAACCGCCAGUCGAUCAUCAACCCAGACUGGAAUUUUGAGAAGAUGGGCAUUGGGGGCCUUGACAAAGAAUUCUCAGAUAUUUUCCGACGAGCUUUUGCUUCUCGAGUGUUUCCACCUGAAAUUGUGGAGCAGAUGGGCUGCAAGCAUGUGAAAGGCAUCCUCUUGUAUGGACCUCCAGGCUGUGGUAAAACACUUAUGGCCAGACAGAUUGGCAAGAUGCUGAAUGCCAGGGAACCAAAGGUGGUCAAUGGGCCAGAAAUCCUCAAUAAAUACGUGGGGGAAUCCGAGGCCAACAUCCGGAAACUGUUUGCUGAUGCAGAGGAGGAACAAAGAAGGCUGGGAGCAAACAGUGGAGUGCACAUCAUCAUUUUUGAUGAGAUUGAUGCAAUCUGCAAGCAGAGGGGAAGCAUGGCAGGUAGCACCGGCGUCCACGACACCGUUGUGAACCAGUUGCUGUCUAAAAUUGAUGGUGUAGAGCAGCUCAAUAACAUCCUGGUGAUUGGAAUGACCAACAGACCUGACCUGAUUGAUGAAGCUCUGCUGAGACCAGGGAGACUAGAGGUGAAAAUGGAGAUAGGCCUGCCUGAUGAGAAGGGGCGGUUCCAGAUCCUGCACAUCCACACGGUGCGGAUGCGGGAGCACCAGCUGCUGGCUGAAGAUGUGGACAUUUCAGAACUGGCAGUGGAGACAAAAAACUUCAGUGGUGCUGAGUUAGAAGGUUUAGUCCGAGCUGCUCAGUCUACUGCUAUGAACAGACACAUAAAGGCCAGCAACAAAGUGGAAGUGGAUAUGGAGAAGGCAGAGAGUUUACGUGUGACAAGAGGAGACUUCUUUGCAUCUUUGGAGAACGACAUCAAACCUGCAUUUGGAACCAACCAGGAAGACUAUGCAAGCUACAUCAUGAAUGGGAUUAUCAAAUGGGGUGAUCCAGUAACAAGGGUGUUGGAUGAUGGGGAACUACUUGUCCAGCAAACUAAGAACAGUGACCGCACGCCUCUGGUCAGCGUUCUUCUGGAAGGUCCCCCCCACAGUGGGAAGACUGCUUUAGCAGCAAAAAUAGCAGAAGAAUCCAACUUUCCCUUUAUCAAGAUCUGUUCUCCUGAUAAGAUGAUUGGAUUUUCUGAAACGGCCAAGUGCCAAGCUAUGAAGAAGAUCUUCGAUGAUGCAUACAAGUCCCAGCUCAGCUGUGUUGUUGUGGAUGACAUUGAGAGACUUCUAGAUUAUGUCCCAAUUGGACCACGGUUCUCUAAUCUGGUGUUGCAAGCCCUUCUUGUGCUGCUAAAGAAGGCCCCUCCUCAGGGCCGCAAGCUUCUCAUCAUUGGAACCACCAGUCGCAAAGAUGUUCUGCAGGAGAUGGAGAUGCUCAAUGCUUUCAGCACCACGAUUCAUGUGCCCAACAUUGCAACAGGGGAGCAGCUGAUGGAGGCUUUGGAGCUCCUGGGUAACUUCAAAGACAAGGAACGCAGCACCAUUGCACAGAAUGUCAAAGGGAAACCUGUCUGGAUUGGUAUCAAGAAGCUGCUGAUGCUGAUAGAAAUGUCAUUACAAAUGGAUCCUGAGUAUCGGGUGAAAAAGUUCUUGGCUCUUUUGAGAGAAGAAGGAACAGUUCCUCCCCUAGACUGAAGGUGGACCAAGUGCAAGAUCAACAGCUGGAAAAGAGACCAACCUGGAGAAUAGACACUGGGAUCUUUGCUCUUCUGUGUUCAAAACACUGGACAAAGUGAAAUUCUCCUGUUUCCAAGAACCUGAUGUGGAAUCUGCAUGUUUAGUGCAAUACACUAUCUUUAUUCUUUGUCUUUAAUAUCCUCCUGUCAUGUGGAAGUGUCUCCUACCACACUGUGCUUCUGGCUGUGUGCAGACCAGGCUGUCUUCUCAUUUGGCUGUAGCAUGGGGGAAUGUCCUGUAAGUUUUGAAGCUCAUGCUCACUUGUGUCCAGCAUCCAGCUGCUCUGAUAGGAAAGAAAUCCUGAUUUCCACCCAACCCUAAAUCCUGUGG